CUGUCACAUGAUCUCUGCCCGCCCACUGUGCCAACAUGGCGGCGCCCAGGUCCUGAUCCGGGAAACGUGCACCGAGACUAGUUCGAUUUUCCGUGUUUCGAGAGACGGAUUGGCGGGCAGAGGCCCCCGCGGAUGUCCCGUGCGAGGAUCGUUCUGUGGCUAAGCCCGACUCUCCGCCCCGCCCUCAGUCUCUGUAGAGCCCGGUUUAUGGAGGGGCAGUCCCAAGGGCCGCCAGAUGCAGCGGCCAUGGAGAAUGGCACCAAGCCGGACGGAGAAGAGCGCCCACCUGGGUUUCAGGAGACGACGAUCACCGAGGGGGCCGCCAGGAUCGUCUUUCCAAGCGCCAACGAAGUUUUCUACAACCCAGUGCAAGAGUUCAACCGGGACCUGACAUGCGCUGUGAUCACGGAAUUUGCUCGUAUUCAGCUUGCGGCCAAAGGAAUCCAGAUCAAGGUGCCAGGUGAGAAGGAUGUGCAAAAGGUGAUCGUGGACUUGUCAGAGCCAAAGGAGGACAAGGCUGAACUGAAAGAAGGUGCAAACCUGGCCCUAGAAGACCAACCUCGAACAGCCGCCGUGGGGGAGAUCUGUGAGGAAGGCCUGAGAGUGCUGGAAGGCCUAGCGGCCUCCGGCUUACGUUCCAUACGCUUUGCUCGAGAGGUGCCUGGUCUCCGAUCCGUGGUUGCCAAUGACGCCUCUGCCCGAGCUGUGGAUCUUAUGCGCCGUAAUGUGCAGCUCAACGAAGUGGCCCACCUAGUACAGCCCAGCCAGGCAGAUGCCAGAAUGCUGAUGUACCAGCACCAGAAGGCGUCGGAGCGGUUUGACGUCAUCGAUCUCGACCCUUACGGCAGCCCCGCCUCUUUCCUGGACGCAGCCGUGCAGGCUGUGAGUGAAGGAGGGAUGCUGUGCGUCACCUGCACAGACAUGGCGGUCCUGGCGGGGAACAGCGGGGAGACCUGCUACAGCAAAUACGGGGCCAUGGCCCUCAAGAGCCGGGCCUGCCACGAGAUGGCCCUGAGAACUGUCCUGCACAGCCUGGAUCUCCGCGCCAACUGCUACCAGCGCUUUGUGGUGCCACUGCUCAGCAUCAGCGCUGACUUCUACAUACGGGUUUUUGUGCGUGUCUUCACCGGCCAGGCCAAGGUCAAGGCCUCAGCCAGCAAGCAGGCGAUGGUGUUCCAGUGUGUGGGCUGCGGGGCCUUCCACCUGCAGCGCCUUGGCAAAGCAUCGGCAGCCUCCGGUGGCCGGCUCAAGUUCUCUGCAGCCUGCGGUCCCCCCGUGGCCCCUGAGUGCGAGCACUGUGGGCAGCGACACCAGCUCGGUGGCCCCUUGUGGGCAGAGCCCCUCCACGACCUGGAAUUCGUGGGCCGCGUCCUCGAGGCUGUGAGCGCCAACCCUGGCCGCUUCCACACCGCAGAGCGGAUCCAAGGAGUGCUGAGUGUCAUCACGGAGGAGCUCCCGGACGUGCCUCUCUACUACACGCUGGACCAGCUGAGCAGCACCAUCCACUGCAACACGCCCAGCCUCCUGCAGCUGCGGUCGGCCCUUCUCCAUGCUGGCUUCCGGGUCUCCCUCUCCCACGCCUGUAAGAAUGCCGUGAAGACGGACGCCCCCUCCUCGGCCCUCUGGGACAUCAUGCGGUGCUGGGAGAAGGAGUGUCCAGUGAAACGGGAGCGCCUGUCAGAGAGCAGCCCGGCCUUCCGCAUUCUCAGCGUGGAGCCCAGGCUGCAGGCCAACUUCACCAUCCGGGACGAUGCCAACCCCAGCUCCCGCCAGCGAGGACUCAAGCGCUUCCAGGCCAACCCUGAGGCCAACUGGGGUCCCCGGCCCCGUGCUCGGCCAGGAGGCAAGGCAGCAGGAGAAUCUGUGGAAGAGAGACGUAGGCUGCUCCAAAAUAAGCGAAAGGAGCCAGUGGAGGACCCAGCUGAGCGGGCUGCUUGGCUCAAGACAUUUCCCUGCAAGAAGUUCAAGGAGGGCACCUGUCAACAGGGGGACCAGUGCCGCUACUCACAUAGCGCCCCCUCACCCAAGGCCACUGCUGAAGCCGCCCCCACUGACUGUCCAGAGGCCCCCAGUCAGAACCCCGCUGAGCCUGGGGCUGCUACUGGUCCAGGCAUAGAGUGAGCUAAUAAAGACCUUUUCACUUUC